UUUGACAUGGAAUUUUUAUAUUUCUUAUAGCGUAAUAAGUCAUUUGUCCUUACACAGAGCUAUUGUAAUUGCCCCCAUAUCUCAUUACGUAAAUUCUCUUAUUGAGAAACAUUCCUUUUAAAAUAAUUAUUUUGCUACCAUUCUGUCAUAAUGUUGCAAAAAAUACAUAGGUUACUACAGAUCACGGCUUAUGGACCGAAAGUAAGCAAUAGAUAUUUAAACUUUGUUCCAAUUGUAGUGGAACAAAGUGGACGUGGUGAACGUGCAUAUGAUAUUUAUUCGCGUCUCCUGAAAGAAAGGAUUAUUUGUCUUAUGGGUCCAGUCACAGAUGUUGUAGCUUCUGCAAUAAUUGCUCAACUUCUUUUUCUUCAGUCGGAAAGCAGUAAAAAUCCGAUUCACUUGUAUAUUAAUUCACCUGGUGGGAGUGUAACAGCAGGACUUGGAAUAUAUGACACUAUGCAAUAUGUCCUUCCGCCUAUUUCUACAUGGUGUGUGGGUCAAGCGUGUUCUAUGGCAAGUCUACUUUUAGCAGCUGGAACCAAAGGUAUGCGUCAUUCUUUACCAAAUGCUAGAAUCAUGAUACAUCAACCAUCAGGAGGUGUACAAGGACAAGCUACAGAUAUUCAGAUACAAGCUACAGAAAUCCUGAAACUGAAACAACAAAUCAAUGAACUAUAUGUGAAACAUACUGGACAAAAUUUAGAAGAAAUAGCAAAGAGUAUGGAAAGAGAUAAUUUUAUGAGCCCACCACAAGCCAAAGAAUUUGGAAUUAUAGAUAAAGUAUUGGCCCAUCCUAUGCAAGAAGAAACUGUAAAGACAACAAUGAAAACGGAUAAUGUAUUGAAAAAACCUUAAUACUACUGAAUAGGAAAGAUACAUGGGUUCGAUUUUAUUGAUAUGUUGUAAUAAAUUUAUUAAAAAGAUGUAUCAUUAUUUAAUAAUAAUAAACUAUUUAUAAAACAAUUAUAAAUUGUAUCCUAUUCAACUGAAAAUGAUAUAUUCACUUUCAAAUUGGCAUAUAUAAAACAUACUAAUUUAUAACAGCAAUAUGAAUGAGUAUUAAAAUGUGUAUAUUUCUUCAGAGUAUUCUUCAAACAAGUAUAUUGAUAUAAAAGCAAGUGUCCAACUUGCAAAAUAUU